AGGGAGAGAGCAAGAGUAUUUUAAAUCUCAACCGCUGUUCGUGAUAAUAAAAACGUGUAUGAGAAAUCGAUAAGAGUAGCAGCAGCUGAAGUGAAAGAAGCGCGCAUACACACACACAAACACAGAGCGCCCAUUCUGCGUGCGUUUGUGUAUGUGUCGGCAAGUGCUAUAAAGACAUGUUAGCAUCUAAAACAUUCUGAACCAUUCAAAGAGGCUAUUAAUAAACACACACCCACACACACGCACAACAAAUAUGAAAUUGAAAAUGGAGCUACACAAACGGGAAUCAAGUGAACGCACUGGUUCCGCACCACAGCUGAGUCAGUUCAAUGAGCUGCUCACGUGCCACAUAUGCCGAGGCUAUAUGAUAGAUCCGACCACAGUGGACACUUGCUAUCACACAUAUUGUCGCAGCUGCAUUCUGAUACAUUUGCUGCGCGAUGCUUACUGCCCACAGUGCAAGUCGAGCGGGGGCAAACAUAUCAGAGAGGAUAACCUCAGAUCCGAUGACACUUUGCGUGCGCUGAUUUAUAAACUGGUGCCGGGUCUCUAUCAGCGCGAAGGCGAACGUCAAAUGGAGUUUAAGAAACAGCACAAGGAACUGGAUGCCGAGGAGGAUUUGUUGCUCAAAUCACAACGACAACAACAACAGGAGUUCUAUACGCCUGGAGAGCCUAUUAGUUUAUCGCUGGAAUAUCAUCCAGCAACACUCAAGAAUUGCGGCUCAUCCGAAAAGCCGCCCAUCUGCUAUCUGCAAUGCCCCGCAAACUUGAAGGUGGGGCAUCUGCAGCGCUUCCUCUGCUCCAAGUACGACAUCGAUCCGGAGAAUAAGCACGUUGAGGUCGAGGUCACGUAUGAGGAUGAGGUCUUGCCGCUACUCUUUACGCUCAUGGACGUCGGCUAUUGUUACCACUGGCAGCGGCAUGCGCCCAUGGCGUUUCGCUAUAGAAUUCUGCUGCACGAGCGCGCAGAAACAAAAAACGAUGAGAGCAAUUUGUCAAAGGUUAAACAGGAUGCUGAAGCCAAUGUCGCUGUGGCCACGAAGCCAAGCAAAUCGGUGACCUUUGCCGAUGAAGUGCCGCUGCAUGCGACAAGUAAAACGCGCAGCAAAGCCAACAACAAUAAUAAUAACAACAAGUUGGCCAAGACCAAACGUCAGCCAGCCGGAGGCAAAAGAGAGCUUGAAGAAGCAGCAGCAGCAGCAGCGGCGGCGCCCACAAAUUUUAAGAGCUUGCGCAGCAAUGAUAUGCGCUACAGCGACUAUGCUGUACAACAACCACAACAACAGCAGCAACAGCAACAACAGCAGCAGCAACAGCAACAACAACAGCAAUCUCUCAAUCUCAAUAUUGUUGUCAGCAUACCACAAUCGCAGCUCAGCAAGUCGACGGCGAGCUAUGCCGACGAAGGCGCCUUUGAGCUGAAGACAGCGAACAAGAAGUCGCCGCCGUCGCAGGCGCUCAAACUGAAGAUCGAGCUGAACAGCAUGACGACGAAGCUGACAUUGCCGCGCUCGGCUGAGGCGCGGCUGGAGAGCGCCUCGGCGGUGCAGCAGCAGGUGGAUCUGGAGACAUAUGUCAAGAACAUUGGCCUCAAGCCCAUUGAGCCGGCGCAGCAGGAGGCGCUCAAAUACAGUCCGAACGCCUCGCCCAUGUCCUCGAGCAGCUGCUCCACCAACGGCUCCAAUGGCAGCGCCAAUAUUGGCAACAGCAACAACACCAGCAGCUCCUCCUCGUCGCAUCGCAAGCGCAAAAAGAAGCACUCGAAGGAGCCAAAGGAUGCGAAUGGCAAGCGCAAGAAACUGCAUGCGGAGAUCAGUUCGCAAACCGAUGGCAAAAUGAAGAUGAAAAUCACAACAACGCACAACCACAAGGCGCACAAAGUGGAUCUAAAGCGCUCCCAUUCGCUGGCAGGCGGCGAGCUGGUCUCGCUCAAGCAGCUACAGCUGGAGGAGCCACCCAAGGCGGCGGCGGCGGCAGCAGCUGCCGUCGUCACAGCAGCAACUGCAAUCACCGCAGCCAAAGAGGAUGCACUGAAUCGCACGCUGGGGGAAGAGUCACGCAGCAUCAAUAGCCUCAUGACAGCCAGCUCCAAUUGCAGCGCAGCUGCAGCAACAGUUGCUGCCGAGCCGGUGCUCAAACUGCCUGCCUCGCCGCCGCUGCCGCCCAGCCUGUUCAAGGGCUUCAGUGCCACAGCGGCAACUGCAACUGCAACUGCAACAACAACAGCUGCAGCAGCAGCAGCAGCAACUGUUGCCAAGCCAGCCAAGUUGGCCAAGCCGCCGCUGCUCAGCAAUCACAAUAGCAAUCGCAAGCCGAGCGCUGUGCAGGCGCCACAUUUUCUAGUGCCACAGCCGCCGCUGCGCCAGACCUUGCCGCCGUACAUGCAACGCUGCCACUCAACGGCGCCCAGCUCCAUAGCCAGCGCGGCCAACAAGCUGCCCAAGCGCGCGCUCUCGCUCGACGAGAGCCAGCAGCAGGCGCAGUUGCUGGCCAAGCAGCCGCGCCGGGACUACCAGCAACAGCAGCAGCAGCAGCAGCAGCAACUGCAUCGAGUCGGCUCUGUUGCCGCCAGAUCGAAGAGCAACGUCUAUGCGCCGCCUAUGCUCAUGCCGCAGCUGUGCCCCACUGGCCUCACCAUCACGCAGCAUCCGCGCAACGUGCCAGGCUAUGCCUAUGCCGCGGACAGCGGGCUGGAGAUAGUGCGCCUGGGUCCCAAUCCGGGGCUAACAGCAACUGUUGCCGGUGCACGGCUGAUGGGACCGCCGGCCAGCUUGCCGCGGCAGCCGGCCAAGCGUGCCACAAACGCGGCGCAGUCAUCGCCGCCGCUGUCGAUGCCGGCCAUGGUCAAGUCGCCGCCAUUGUCUGUGGCCCUCAGCGCACAGCGAGCGGGCAACAGCAGCAGCAACAUCAACAACAUCAACAACAUCGGCAACAUCGGCAACAAUGUUGCUUAUCGCACAUCGCCGCCCGCCUUGAUCAAUCUGCGCAACGCGACGACGCAUGCAGCCUUUGCAGCAAAAUCAAAUGCUGCAGCAGCCGCUAAGAAGGCCGCAACUGUGGCAGCAGCGAGCAGCCAGAGCAAAGCCAAUGGCUUGGCGCUGCUCGACAAGUCGAAAACGAGUUUGCGCGAAUUUCGGCCGCCGCCAGCAACAACAGUUGCAACUGGCACGACAGCAACUGCAGCGACAACAGCAACAGUCAAGGAUGCUGACAUACUUGAUUUAUCAGCAGGACGCAGCAGCAGCAGCAGCAGCAGCAGCAGCAACACAAACAAAGCUGGCGCCCACAACAACAGCAGCAACAACAACAACAAAUCAUUGAGCAGCAGCAACAACAGCGGCAGCAGCAACAGCCUGGAGGCAGCCUUAAACAAAAUCAAGCAAAACAUUUCCGCCAACAGCAACAGCAGCAGCAGCAGCAACGCUGCCGCCGUUGCUGCUGCUGUGGCUGCGGCGGCGGCGGCGGCGGCUGCCGCGGGCAACGGCGAUGAUCUACAAAAUCUGCAUAUGCUCUCCGAGUCGGCAACGGCGCGUGAGAAAAUCUCGAUUAAGUGCGGCAAUAUCUAUGAGAAUAAGCCAAAGAAUGCGCUGGUUCGGCCACAGAAUGCAUCCGUGCGCAGCAUACCAAAUCCCUCAGCGUUGGCCUUUCGCAAUCAGGCAACGCCAACGACAGCCACAGCCACAGCAACAGCAACAGCAACAGUUGCUGCCGCUGCCACAGCAACUGCGCUAGCCAAGCCGCUGACUGUCAAAGCCGAAGAGACGAUCAAAUUGACAGCAGCAGCAACUUUGCUGAGUCCCAGCAGCAGCAGCAGCAGCAGCAGCAGCAGCGGCAACAACAGCAGCGUGGGCGCUGCUGCUGCCACCUCGCCGCGCGCUUUGAAAAAAGCAACAACAAUUGAUCAAGUUGCAGCCAAUUUGAACAUACGCGCCGAGGCCAAAGCAGCCGCCCUGGCCGAGGAGGCGCCACUUGGCAGCAGCAGCAACAGCGGCGCAGCACCAGCAACUGCAGCAGCAGCAACUGUGGCAGAAAAGGCAGCCAGCAGCGUGGCCAAAACAGAAGCCAAGACGCCAGCAACAACAGCAGCAGCAACAGCAACGGCAACGGCAACAGCAACCACUACGAUUGCUGCUGCAACAACAACAUCAGCAGCAACUGUUGCUGCUGCCACAUUAUCGAGUCUGCCCGCACUUUCGCUGCCCGCGCUGUCACUGCCAACUGCUGCUGCUGCCGCUGCUGCUGCUGCUGACAGCGAGUCCAUGUCAAAGCCGCCCGUACAAAUCGCCGCCACCGACACUUUGGCAUCGGUGGCAAGUUCCGCUUAGUCACAAGCGUUUCUUUGGAUGUGCGGCACGCAAAUGUAUUUGGUGGCGCCACUCGAGAGUCUGCAAGGCAAUCAGAACUCGAACGCAAAUUAAUGGAGCUACAACAAUAACAACAACAACAACAACAACAACAAAACGUGCCGCUGCAAUUAGCACACUGAGAAGCGCAAAGAGAGGCAGCAACUGGAAAUGACUUGGCUAGACUGCAGCGCGUAAGCCUUACAGACAUUAAACAUGAAUACAAUUCUAUAUUCAUAUACCAAAUAACAAGCUAUAAGAUACAAGAUACACACACGAACACACACAUACACACAGAUACAGCGCAUUCGCAGACAUAUGCAAAUAUUUGUGCAAAUAUUUGCGAUUGGAAUUAGUACGAGUCGAAAUAAAUUAUAAGCGUAAUGGAAAUAUAUGACGUAUA